CUUUCCUCUCCAAACCUCCUUCCUGCCGCCGGAGCCUAUUUCUCCCUCGCACUCUCCCGCGCGUUAAGGGGAUCUUCUCGUGGGGAGCAGAUCUCCGCGCGGUUGCGACCCCAAGCCUAGCAACAUGUGGAACGCGACGCCCAGCGAGGAGCCAGAGCCUAAUGUCACUCUGGACCUGGACUGGGACGCUUCCCCAGACAACGACUCGCUGACGGACGAGCUACUGCCUCUGUUCCCCGCGCCGCUGCUGGCGGGCGUCACCGCCACCUGCGUGGCGCUCUUUGUGGUGGGCAUCUCGGGCAACCUGCUCACCAUGCUGGUGGUGUCCCGCUUCCGCGAACUGCGCACCACCACCAACCUCUACCUGUCCAGCAUGGCCUUCUCGGACCUGCUCAUCUUCCUGUGCAUGCCACUGGACCUCUUCCGCCUCUGGCAGUACCGGCCUUGGAACUUUGGCGACCUGCUCUGCAAACUCUUCCAGUUCGUCAGCGAGAGCUGCACCUAUGCCACGGUCCUCACCAUCACCGCGCUGAGCGUCGAGCGCUACUUCGCCAUCUGCUUCCCGCUGCGGGCCAAGGUGGUGGUCACCAAGGGCCGCGUGAAGCUGGUCAUCCUUGUCAUCUGGGCCGUGGCCUUCUGCAGCGCGGGGCCCAUCUUCGUGCUGGUGGGCGUGGAGCACGAGAACGGGACCGAUCCUCGGGACACCAACGAGUGCCGCGCCACCGAGUUCGCAGUGCGCUCUGGGCUGCUCACGGUCAUGGUGUGGGUGUCCAGUGUCUUCUUCUUCCUCCCGGUCUUCUGCCUCACCGUGCUCUACAGUCUCAUUGGGAGGAAGCUGUGGCGGAGGCGCGGAGACGCGGCGGUGGGCGCCUCGCUCAGGGACCAGAACCACAAGCAGACAGUGAAGAUGCUUGCUGUGGUGGUGUUCGCUUUCAUCCUCUGCUGGCUGCCCUUCCACGUGGGAAGAUACCUGUUUUCCAAGUCCUUCGAGCCCGGCUCCCUGGAGAUUGCGCAGAUUAGCCAGUACUGCAACCUCGUGUCCUUUGUUCUCUUCUACCUCAGUGCCGCCAUCAACCCCAUUCUGUACAACAUCAUGUCCAAGAAGUACCGCGUGGCAGUGUUCAAACUUCUCGGGUUCGAAUCCUUCUCCCAGAGAAAGCUCUCCACUCUGAAGGAUGAAAGCUCUCGGGUCUGGACCAAGUCGAGCAUCAACACAUGACGGCACGUGGCAGUGCCCAAUCAUCUCUCACUGCUCCACACCAGAAGCCAUAGCCAUGCAGAACUAGGGAGGAAGCAGAAAGGCAGGUUAGGAGUAGAGACAAAGGGAUCUGGAGACACCGGGGGGCGGGGAGUACAGCCGGAUGCGGGGGUGUCUGUGCAGUUUGAUGUGACUGUGCACACAUCAGAGUGCUCUUGCGCCAUCCCUGCAUGUCCCCAUGGUUUUGCAUUUGGAGCUACUGACAGCUUUGCCACACGGAGGAAGGAGACAGAGGCUGAGCAACGGCUUUCCUUCUUGAUGGGCAAACACUAAACCCCAUUUGCUUUUCUCAUCAUACUAAAAAUGAAAUAACAUUACAAACAACUUAAGACAUGACUUCUCAAAGCUAGCAAUCUCCACAAUGCUCCACAGCAUUCACCUAAAUGCACCAUAAUGUACGGCACAUAUGUAAUCAAUAUGAAAUGACUGAGAAGUCCCCUUUCCUCCCCCACAGUAAUUUUGAAACCUAGUAUGUUCCUUACACAGGCAGCCAACUUGAAGCUGGACUGUUAGUUUCAUUAGUAAUAUUUGACACAUUUAACUUGAUCAUGGAAAAAUAGAUUCAACAGCUUAAAUUUCACGAGUACACAAAAACUUAAGUAGCAUAGUCUAUCAUUUUUUUAAAAUUCAAAGUUGCUUAAAAUAAACAAUUCAGUUCUUCUAAGUUGUAGCAGGUACAUUUCAAGUGUUCAACAGACAAAUGUGAUUGGUGGUUAUCAUAGCAAGCAGACACUCCAGAGUGCAUGGGAAAUAAUUAUUAAUCUCACACAAAAUGUUUAAAAAUAAACACCUGUUCCUUCCAAAUGAUUUUUAGUAGUAUAAUAGUAUUGCAGGAUUUUAGAGCAACAGAUGCCAAGGUCACACCUAAUGCUCCAUCUUCAUGGUGGAUGAGAGCAAACUGCAUCCGCAAAAUUAAUAACCCAGUUAAGUUGCAUGCACCAGUUCAGGCAGUGAAACAUUGUAAGAGACACAGACUGCCUUCAUUGACUUAAUAUAUUAGCUAAUCAUGAGCCUUUCAUUCGUCGAUAGGUAGUUAUUAUUUAUUCUGGCCAGCCUAUAGCAACCUAAAGAAUAUCAGAAAGUUACAAACGGUGAAGGCAGGCUCAUGCUUUCCCCAACAUUUAUGCCUUAUGUUAUCCAAAACUUUAAAAGUUUUAAUAAUUUAUCUCUACUUGUCCCUGCCAUGUGAAUAGCAAGGUAGUCUUGCUAUUCACACCUCAUUGCUCAAUGGUUUAUGGGUUUCUGCUCUCAUGGUCUCUUAGUCAUAAUUAUGAAUGAGUACACCUUUCAAUAAAUAUCAUGCAUCUGAGCUAUAAAGACCAAAUUUUCAUUUGUAAAGGUACUACUUUCUGUAUGUUCAACUGCAUGAUCUAAAUCUAUCUUUCCAAUGAUUGUUUCCAUUCUUCUGUGUACUGCUGUCAAGUAAGCAACUCCUACAGAAAGGACUGGUUAAGCUAUUUAAGGCAAGGUUAUUAAGCUGAAGUAGCAGAUUGCCUACUUGCUUUGGAAACAUCAAAAACAAGCAUAAUGAGAAUUACCUUUAAAGAAAUAUUUCUGGAACCCAUGUGGACAUGAAGCUCACUCUAACCACCCAGAUUGUAUCAGCAAAGAACGCUGAUGUUUUCAGUCCCACGAGUUGUCAAUAGUACGUUCAGCUUAUCCAUCUCCUCAAGAGGAAAUUAAAAAUUAAAAAGAGGAAGUUUAACUUCCUGAUCAGUUUUGUCUAUAAAUACACCACACUUGAGAGGAAACAAGUUUUCAAAAGGUAAUGUUUAUCACUGUUUUAGAGAGAAACAAGUCUGACUUCUGACCAGUUGCUUAAUUUCUGUUAGUGGGCCCGUCUCUGUGGUCCAUGCCAACAGUCCUGAGCUCACAUCUGGGGAAUGGACUGCAGAGUAAGGGCCUCUGAGCUUCCCAGUGGCUGACCUGGGAGAUGAAAGGGUGUGUUUAGAGAAGGACUCUUUAAUUUGUCCUCUCCAAUCGUUCCUCCUUUAUUACUUGCAACUUUUUUAUGUUAUUGCAUUCUGUGUAUCGUUUAAGACUCAGGGCUAAAGAAAAUUACCCUGAAGGAGCCUGUGUGGGAAAGCCUACUAUUCCUCAAUAUUUGCUGUGUGCCUGCUAUGUUCUGAGUUCUGAGAAAUUGAUUAACAAGCCAAAGAUUUUUUUCUUCUUAGUGAUCUCACAAUCAUCUCCAUGUUGUGUUGCUGGGUGGGUAGUGGAUAAAAAUAUUUGAAUUACAAAGCAGAUCUCUCUAGUAGGCAAAUAUUAAAUGUCCCCACCACAGAACUGCAAUGGGCCAUUUAUCCCACUUGAGUGUUGUAUUCUUGACUCCAAAUAUGUUUGAAUGGACUGCCACUACAAUAUUGUAGACAGAGCUAACAUGUCUGUUAGUGGGAAUCACGUAGAGGACAUUCGCAAAGGGAAGAAGCCAACUUCUCCCUGUAGUCUCUGCUUCCCUUGCCCAUUGUCAGCAGUCAGGGUUCUGUCAAAGCCUAGGCACUGUCAAAUCAGGGUCAUCGUCUUCCAUAGAGGAAGACACCGUUAUAUGAAGAGGAGCUUUUCAAAUGAUCACUUUAGACAUUUAUGUCUUUCAAUUAUUUUAAAUUGGAAAAUUUAGCUGGGUGUGAUGAUGCAUACUUGUUACCCCAGCCCUUGGAAGUUGAGGCAGGAGGAUUAUCAUUAGUUUAAGGACUGCCUGAGGAGUGAGUUCCAUCACAGCCUGGGAUGCAGAGUGAAACUUCAUUUCAACAAACAAACGACCAUGUUAAAAUCUGUGAUGAGGAAGUUUAGGAACACGCCAGUACCCCCUCUACCUAGGACCACCAUUGUCGGUGACCUGCCUGCAGAGAAGGCUGAGGUGAAAUUAGACUCAAGUCUAAUUUUGUUUUUCAUGCAAAUACUUUCUUUUAACUACCCAAG